CCGCGGCCGCGGAGCCCGCACGGCCGGCGCCGAGAACUUGUUCCUGUUGAAGAGUGGCUCCUUGAUUCCCAGACACUUUGAGGUUUUAGAAAUCCAGUCGGUGAAAUUCUCUACCUCGACGGAGAACCAGUACCUGCUCCUUCAUCAGACGCAAGCUGUCCAUUGCUAUGGAUACCGAAUCCACGUAUUCUGGAUAUUCUUACUAUUCAAGUCAUUCGAAAAAAUCUCACAGACAAGGGGAAAGAAAUAGAGAGAGACACAAAUCACCCCGGAAUAAAGAUGGCAGAGGGUCAGAAAAAUCUGUCACUAUUCAAGCUCCCACCGGAGAGCCGCUGUUGGCAAAUGAUUCUACUCGGACGGAGGAAGUUCAGGAUGACAACUGGGGAGAGACCACCACGGCCAUCACCGGCACCUCGGAGCACAGCAUCUCCCAGGAGGACAUCGCCAGGAUCAGCAAGGACAUGGAGGACAGCGUGGGGCUGGACUGCAAGCGCUACCUGGGCCUCACAGUCGCCUCGGCGCUUGGACUUCUAGUUUUCCUCACCCCCAUCGCCUUCCUCCUGUUACCCCCCAUCCUGUGGAGGGACGAGCUAGAGCCCUGUGGCACCAUUUGCGAGGGACUCUUCAUCUCCGUGGCAUUCAAGCUCCUCAUCCUGCUCAUCGGGACGUGGGCGCUCUUCUUCCGCAAGCAGAGAGCUGACGUGCCGCGGGUGUUUGUGUUCCGGGCCCUUCUGCUGGUCCUCAUCUUUCUCUUUGUGGUUUCCUAUUGGCUUUUUUACGGGGUCCGCAUUUUGGACUCUCGGGACCGAAAUUACCAGGGCAUUGUGCAAUAUGCAGUCUCGCUUGUGGACGCUCUCCUCUUCAUCCACUACCUGGCCAUCGUCCUGCUGGAGCUCAGGCAGCUGCAGCCCGUGUUCACGCUGCAGGUGGUCCGCUCCACCGACGGCGAGUCCCGCUUCUACAGCCUGGGGCACCUGAGUAUCCAGCGAGCAGCACUGGUGGUUUUGGAAAAUUAUUAUAAAGAUUUCACCAUCUAUAACCCCAACCUCCUGACAGCUUCCAAAUUCCGAGCAGCCAAGCACAUGGCGGGGCUGAAAGUCUACAAUGUGGAUGGCCCCAGUAACAACGCCACCGGCCAGUCCCGGGCCAUGAUCGCCGCGGCGGCUCGGCGCAGGGACUCGAGCCACAAUGAGCUGUACUACGAGGAGGCGGAACACGAGCGGCGGGUGAAGAAGCGGAGGGCAAGGCUGGUGGUCGCUGUGGAGGAGGCCUUCAUCCACAUCCAGCGCCUCCAGGCCGAGGAGCAGCAGAAGGCCCCCGGGGAGGUGAUGGACCCCAGGGAGGCCGCCCAGGCCAUCUUCCCGUCCAUGGCCCGGGCCCUGCAGAAGUACCUGCGCACCACGCGGCAGCAGCACUACCACAGCAUGGAGAGCAUCCUGCAGCACCUGGCCUUCUGCAUCGCCAACAGCAUGGCCCCGAAGGCCUUUCUAGAACGUUACCUCAGCGCGGGCCCCACGCUGCAGUAUGACAAGGAACGCUGGCUGUCCACGCAGUGGAGGCUUGUUAGUGACGAGGCCGUGACGAACGGAUUACGGGACGGACUCGUUUUCGUCCUGAAAUGCUUGGACUUCAGCCUCGUCGUCAAUGUGAAGAAAAUUCCAUUCAUCGUGCUCUCGGAAGAGUUCAUAGACCCCAAAUCUCACAAAUUUGUCCUCCGCUUGCAGUCUGAGACGUCGGUUUAAAAGUUCUAUAUUUGUGGCUUUAUUAAAAAAAAAAAAAAGAAUAUAGAGAUAUAUCUAUGUAUUCCAGAGGGGCAUCUUGUUUUUAUUAGUUUUCGUCGCUGAGACUGGCAGAUGAUAGACCAGCGUCCUUUGACCAUCUGCACUUUAUUUGGAAGGAAGCAGGGGAUGUCCGUCCUGGGAAAAAGUGACAGGGGACAUCUGACUGUUGUGGAUGGGACUUCUCAAGAAGCCGUUCCCUGGCGCUUCUGUGACAGCUGUAACCAAAGCGGAGCUGGCGGUUCUGGGGAGCCUCGCCUUACAAUUCAUCCCUGCCUGUCGUCCAGCGCCACACUCUCCCGCAGACUUAGGGGGCACAUCUUUGUUCUGGUUCAGGAAGCCAGACACGACAUGGCCGCAUACGCGUUUGUGUGUGUAAACGUCCAGUUCCACGUCACCCAUGGGAGCUAGGGGCUGUUCUUUGUUGCCUUGGAUUCUGCAGAAAGAUCACAACAAAAAAUGUGCACUAAUAAUUUGAUUUGAUUUUUUUCCCCCCAAAGAGGAAACCUGCCUGCCCUGUUUCUGA